AUGGCUGGGAAUAAACUCCUUGUUUAUCUGCUUCGACGCGACCUCAGGGCCACCGACAACCCUGUGCUUCACCACCUGGCAACUUCUGACCAUGGCUUCACUCACCUCCUGCCCAUCUAUGUUCUCCCUCCUCACCAGAUCGAAACCUCAGGCUUCCUCGCCGAGGGCCAGAGCUCCCCCUACCCCCCAGCUCGAAGUCAGGUCGGUCGCUUCUGGAGAUGUGGCCCGGCUCGAGCAAAGUUCCAAGCCGAGUCCAUCUGGGAUGUGAAGAAGAAUCUCGAAAACAUCAGCAGCGGCAUGCUUGUCCGUAUCGGAAACUUCGAUGAUGUCUUGAAGCAUGUGGUCAAGUCCUUGCACGACAACCAGCAAUCGGUCGACUCAGUUUGGAUGACCGAGGAAGUAUCAAAAGAAGAAAUUGAUGACCAGAAAGCUGUUGAGUCUGUAUGCUCUGAGAAGAACAUCAACUUCAAGCUAUGGCGGGACGACAAAUACUACAUCGACGACCGUGACACUCGCUUGAGCAGCCCCAAGGAGCUUCCAGAUGUUUUCACCACCUACCGCAAGACCCAAGAACCUCUACGUGAGCGCCCUCGCUCACCCCUCCCUCGCCCACAGGCCGGAUCGUUGCCUUCUUUCCCUUCAUCAUGGGCCCCUUCUCAGCAAUCUCCUUUCCAGAUCCCUGAAACCUACAAAGAGUUCGAACGACGUCUUCUGGAACCUAUUGACAACAUGGUACCAGACCCCCCUGCCUACCCCGAGGACGGCAAGUCUUCACAUCCAUUCGAGGGCGGUGAAAGUCCUGCUUGGGAUCGUCUGUACCACCUCAUCAAGUCAGGUGCCAUGACUACCUACCAGGAAACUCGUAACGGUCUCCUCGGAACCGACUACAGUACCAAGCUCUCAGCAUACCUAGCUCUUGGAUCUAUCUCGGCUCGCUCAAUUCACGAUGAACUUGUCAAGUUUGAGGAUGGUUCAGACCAGUCCUAUGCUCGAGCUAGAGGAUUUGGUAAGGGCGAGAACGAAGGCACAAAGGCUGUGAGGUUUGAACUUCUCUGGAGAGACUACAUGCGGCUAUGUACCAUGAAGUUUGGCACUCGUCUCUUCAAGCUUGACGGCUUCAAGGGAGCUAGCGGCAAGUACGACAAGAAGUGGAAGACUGCGUGGAAGAAGGAGGCGGACAGCGAUCAAGAUCCCUCACCUGAAGAUCUUAACGAAAUCAUCAACAGGUUCCUUCGAGGCACGACUGGUAUGGGUUUGAUCGAUGCGUCACAACGAGAACUUUACCACACCGGCUACACUUCCAAUCGAGCCCGACAGAACGUCGCCAGCUUCUUUGCCAAGCAUCUCGGCAUCGAUUGGCGUUACGGAGCAGAAUGGUACGAGGCUAUGCUAGUCGACUACGACGUGUCUUCGAACUGGGCAAACUGGCAGUACGUGGCAGGUGUCGGAAACGACCCCCGUGGAGAUGCCCGUAUCUUCAACCCCGUUAAGCAAGCCUUCGACUAUGAUAACAACGGUGCUUAUGUUCGAACUUGGGUACCCGAAGUCAAGUACAUUGAGAAACUGGAAAACGUUUUUCAAGUCUGGACGACCGAUGAGGACGAGCUUGCCAAGUAUGAUAUCACUGACGAUAUCAUGGUGACUCACCCAAUCAAGAAGAUUGACUUCCAGGUCGACCGCAAACCACGUGGUCCUCGUCGUCCUUAUCGAUGGAGACGAGGCGCUGGACGCGGUGGCCGUCGAGGUGGAGGUCCUGGAAACGGUCAAGGAAAUGGCUCGAACGAUUUCAGCGAGUCUCGUCGAUCUUAUCACAACGGUCCUCCCUCCCCAGAGAGUGACCGUCAGUUCUACAACGGAAGCGAGACACAGUACAUGCAGCACAACGGCCAACCACAGGGCCAGCCAAGGAAUAAUUGGGCUCCUAGAGGGAACCAAAACAUGUCAUGGCGAGGCAACUCUAAUGGACACGGUCCCAGUAGCCAUGGGCCUCCACCUGGACGAGGAGGCCAUAUCGCCCCUUUCCAUGGUAACGGCUUCCCACGUGGAUACAGCACCAAUGUGUACAGCGUACCACCUCCAAGACAGUACAUGCCAAACCCAUCAUACCCGCCUCAGCAGUACCCUCAUCAUGCCUAUCACCACCAACUUCCUCCUCAUAUUGGACCCCAUGCCUAG